CUGCUAAUCUGAUGAGCAAAUUGUUCUUCAAACCCAAAUUUGAUCCUCCAAUUCUUACUUUGCUUCAAAAAUGUACAAAUAUGAACGAACUGAAACAAAUCCAUGCACAGACUAUCACAACUGGGCUCUCUCGUUUCACCUUCGUAACCAGCAAAAUCUUAGCUUUUUGUGCACUAUCACCACAUGCUAAUGAUUUACACUAUGCACAGACCCUUUUCAAUCAUAUUUCAACACCCCAUGUCUUUGAUUUCAAUUCCAUGAUAAGGGGUUUUUUGCAGAGCCCAAAACCUGAAAAGGGUCUCUCAGUUUACACCAAAAUGUUGAGUCUUGGCAUUGCACCAAAUAAUAGAACUUUCACAGUUUUAGUUAAAGCUUGUGUUUAUUUAUCUUUGCUUGAUAUGGUUUAUGUUCAUGUGCUUAAAUUGGGACAUGUUUGUGAUGCUUUUGUUACCAGUUCUGUAAUAAGUAUGUAUGCUAAGUUUGGAUUAAUGGAUAAAGCUUGUGUUGUGUCUGACGCAAAUUUGAAUAAGAAUGUGGCUUGUUGGACAAGUUUGAUAAGCGGGUAUUGUUGUAAUGGUUUUGUUUCUGAAGCGCGCGAGGUGUUUGAUUCAAUGCCUGACAGAAAUGAUGUUGCUUGUAGUGCAAUGGUUUCUGGGUAUGUCAAAAACCAUUGUUUCAAUGAGGCAAUUGGGUUGUUUCAGGAGUUGAAGAGUUUUGAUAAUGCGAAGCUUAACGCGUCUCUUUUGGUUAGUGUUCUUAAUGCUUGUGCAGUUGUAGGUGCAUUUGGAGAAGGGAAAUGGGUCCAUGAUUAUGUAGAUAAAAAUGGUUUCGAGUAUGAUCUUGAGUUGGGUACUGCGUUGAUUGACUUCUAUGCAAAGUGUGGGUGCAUUGAAAAUGCGUGCGAAAUAUAUAAUAAGAUGGCGUAUAGAGAUGUAGCGACUUGGAGUGCGAUGAUAUCGGGGUUGGCUAUGAAUGGGAGGAAUGAUACAGGACUUGAACUUUUCGUUGAAAUGGAAAAGAGUGGACCUAAACCGAAUGCUGUGACUUUUGUUGGUGUUCUUACUGCUUGUAAUCAUAGAACAUUGGUGAAUGAAGCAUGGCGCUUAUUUGGUCGGAUGGGUAAAGUUUAUGGAAUCAAUCCGAUUAUUGAGCAUUAUGGAUGCAUGGUUGAUCUCUUGGCUCGAGCGGGACUACUUAAGGAGGCCGAGAUUUUGAUAAAGAGUAUGCCAAUGGAACCUGAUGGAGCUAUAUGGGGAUCACUGCUAAAUGGGUGUCUAAUGCAUGGUCAUAUUGAGUUAGGUGAGAGGGUGGGAAGGCUUGUGAUUGAGUUAGAGCCACAACACAGUGGAAGGUAUGUCCUUCUGUCCAACAUCUAUGCCUCUAUGGGCUUCUGGGAAGAUGUGGUAAGACUUAGGAAACUGAUGAAAGAUAGGGAAGUAGUAACAGUUUCUGCUUGGAGCUUCAUUGAGAUUGAUGGGGUUGUUCAUAAGUUUCUAGUCGAUGAUAAAUCUCAUUCUCAUCAGACAUGCAUCUACAGCAUAUUGAAUUUACUCAGAGAGGAACUUGAAGGUUUCUCUACUGCAAAUGAUAUACCAUUAAGUUGAGAGAAACACUCUCAUUUUGCAAUGCCUUUACACAACAUCAAAAUUGUUCUCUUCAAAAAAUUUGAAAUCUGACAAACAAGGAACAAUUGAAUAUUAUAGUGCCGCUUGUAGCAUAGCUGGUUGAUAAAGUGCUAUAUAUAGUGUCUUCGUUUACAAUGACCUUGUUGGAUGGAUGCUCUUGAUUCUAUUGGGCCAGCAGAAUCUUGCCAAAGGGUUAAAAUAAUUUUGGUCAGAGAUUCUCAGUAUUCAAAGUUACUGUGGUUUUCCACUUGAUACCAUCUGUAGACUGCAAAAUUCAACUUGGCAUUUGAAGGUUGAAAAAGACAUUUUUUACUUGGCAUGCAAAGGAGGCUGGGGAAACACCUACCCAUGUCCACAUCCAGCCAU